AUGAGUACUCAACUUAAAGACUUCAACUUUCAUUCUCAAAAACAGACUGUUGAAUCAAGACGCUGGGUCAGCGAAGAGGAGGACCUACACUUGGGGACGUCAUUUUCUGCUGAGACCAACCGGAGGGACGAGGACGCAGACAUGAUGAAAUACAUCGAGACAGAGCUGAAGAAGAGGAAAGGGAUCGUGGAGCAUGAGGAACAGAAAGUAAAGCCGAAGAAUGCCGAGGACUGCCUCUAUGAGCUUCCAGAGAACAUCCGAGUCUCCUCAGCCAAGAAGACGGAGGAGAUGCUGUCCAACCAGAUGCUCAGCGGCAUCCCUGAGGUGGACCUGGGCAUCGACGCUAAAAUCAAAAACAUCAUUUCCACGGAGGACGCCAAGGCCCGCCUGCUGGCAGAGCAGCAGGACAAGAAGAAGGACAGUGAGACGUCCUUCGUGCCCACCAACAUGGCUGUGAAUUAUGUGCAGCACAACAGGUUUUAUCAUGAGGAGCUCAACGCUCCCAUACGAAGAAACAAAGAAGAGCCCAAAGCGCGGCCCUUGCGCGUGGGGGACACGGAGAAGCCAGAGCCUGAGCGGUCCCCUCCGAACCGGAAGCGCCCUGCCAACGAGAAGGCCACGGAUGACUACCACUAUGAGAAGUUCAAGAAGAUGAACAGGAGGUACUGACAUGUGAAGCGAAGCUUGCAUUGCACUGCACCUGUGUGCACACACCCAAAGCAUUAAGGGUGUGUAUGUAUGUGUGUGUGUGUGCACCCUGUCACACACCCGAAACAUAAAGGGGGAUAUACAUAUGUGCGUCCUGUGCACACGCCCAAAGCAUAAGGGAGUGUAUAUAUGUAUGCACCAAUGGCACAUUCCCCAAAACAGGAUCUCCUGGACAGCAGGUGCCCAAUAGCUGUGGACAAUCCCAGGUAGACUCGGAGCACUGCUCCCUGCCUGCUGGACUCUGCGUUUGUUUUCAUUUCCCUGUGUAUCCCAGGCUGGCCUAGAACUUGCAGGCCUUCUGCCUCUGCCUCGCUAGUGCCGAAUAACAGACCUGCCUGACCACUCCCAGUUUCCCACUGGAUUUUUCAAGAACUAAAUGUGUCACCUAUUGAAAGGAAACCAUGUGUGUUUUCAUAUUCGGGGGCAAACUCUUCUUUACAUUAUUAAAUUUUCUUUGUAAAUACA